AUGCCUGGAUGGCCUUCAUCAGGGAUACAUUCUGCUAACUGCUAGUUCCUUCACUCCAGCACUGCUGUUGAAAUGAAGGCAAAGGGAAGAGUGUGUGCUUCCAAACACCCUUGGCAGAGUGGCCCAUUGGCUUUGGUUCAGACUUCUGGUCACUAUUAAGCUCCUGCAAAAUGUCAGUGUGACAACGGCUCUGCACAGGUUGCUGUCUGCAAAACACAGAUCAGCCACGAUGCUUUCGUCCCUGUGCCUGCAAGAAGAUUCUACCACCAUUGUUUCCAGCUAGAAACACGAGAACCGAGCAGCUGCCAUGGAAACAGGCUGCACAGAGGAAGCUGCCAGGACCCGGUUGCAGUCUGCAGCAUGCAGGCAGUGCAAGGGCGGUGAGCAGCAGCCGGAGGAGAAUGUUGAGCAGCUGUCCCAGCAGAGCGAUGCCUCAGCCGUGGCUGCAGAGCAGCAGCAGCUCCCGGCACCCUCUGGCAAGCUGAAAAAAACUGCUUUCAAGUUAUUUGGAGGGAAGAGGAGUAUAUGUACACUGCCGAGUUUCUUCAGCAGCAGAAACAAAGGCCAGGGGAAAGGAGCUUCUAAAAAGGGGCUCAGUAAAAGUAAGACCCAUGAUGGGAUCAGCGGCACUGCAUAUGAUGAGGGCAGUGGGGCACAGUUGGAAAGCCCUUCAGAUGGAAGCAGGGAUUCCCAUCCUUGCCUGCUGCCAAGCUCCCAAAGCAUUCACGUGGCCAUAGACAGCAGCAUCAAGUUUGAUUUUGGCAGGCAGGAUGGCUCUCCACCAGGGAGUAUUGAGGGCUAUGAGAAGAAGCCCAACGGAGACAAGUCAUCCUUCCCCAGACCAAAAAAAGGCCUGAAGGGACUUCUGAACAGCAUCCGGCGUCACCGUAAGAGCAAGAUUGCUGAGUGUGAGAAAACAGAGCUCUCUGAGUGGCCUGGGGAUUCGGAGGAGACCAGCAAAGCUCAGGGCAUGAAAGCGGAAACUCCUGGAGCUGUGGAGGAAGGAGGACCCGGGUCUGUCCCUCUUGCUGCAGCCUGCCCAGGAAGCUCAGCAGGUCACUGCUUGGUGCGCACAGCAGCUGACUCUGGGGAGGCUGCUGAGCCAGACUGGCUCCAGGCUGAUAAGGGCGGCUGUGAGGGCGAUGUGGUGGUAGUGCCUGGGGGCAAGGAUGAUCUGGAUGCAAAAUCAGAGGCAGAUGCUGUUGUCUACACAGAGUCCAACUACAGCCAUCUCCCUGUGGCCCUUCAUCCAGACAACGACCCUCCCUCAUUACAUUCUGGGGACCAGCUGAGUCUCCUCUUUGGAGACGUCACAUCCCUGAAGAGCUUUGAUUCCCUUACUGGGUGCGGAGACAUCAUUGCUGAGCCUGACAUCCUCAGCAUUGCUGAGAGCACGAUCUCUGUGGAGCGCAGCCGAGACACUGCUAAACGGAGCCCAUGCCUUGUCACCUACCAGGGAGGUGGGGAGGAGAUGGCCAUGUCUGAGGAGGAGUACCUCCAGCAGAUAUGGGACAGCACCGCUGAAGAGGGCAGGAGCUAUGAAGCCCCGCUCCCUCCUGCUGUGAGCAGUCCCGAACUGCAGGCAGUGAGUAGCAAGCUGGAGACAUGUGGUUUGCGUGAGGGGGAGGUCCACCCCUAUGCUAGUGGGGCAAUGGAUGGGGUCGAGCUCCUGACACCGCAGAGCGACCAGCAAGAGUCCGCACCUAAUAGUGAUGAGGGAUAUUACGACUCCACCACACCGGGACCAGAGGAUGAGACUGGGGAUGGACUUUGUGAGAUCAAGAAGGACCGUCUUCCCAGAGACAGCUACAGUGGUGAUGCACUUUAUGAGUUUUACGAGCCUGAUGACACACUAAUGAGCCCCUCUCAUGGGGAGCAAUCCCUGUUUGAGAGCAAAGUCUCUCAUCCAGAGAUCUUCAGCUACUUCUUGGACUUCUGCCUCCCUUCUGAGAAGAACUUGAUCCAGAUGAUGGAUCAGAAGAGGGGGGUUAUGGAAACUGAAGAAGAGCGGCUAGCUGCCAUUCAGAAAGAGCUGCUGUUUUGGGAGCUGAAGAGGGAACCAGGCUUGAAACGACUUGAUGCUCCCAGCAAAGAGAAGUGUCCCAGGGAAAAGCAGCAUGUUGAAUGUAAAACUAGAGCAGCCAACUUGAUUGGCAAAAAUCAGAGUUGCCUUGGUAGUGAGCAGAUUGCUUCUCAAGCUCUAAACAGGAGUGUGAGUGGUGGGAUUUUGGUGGCUAGAGCUGAAAAUCCAGAGUGGAGUGAUUUUCCAGGGCCUUUGUGUCCAGAGAACUGUUACAACAGCCAAAAAGCCCAAGGAAGUUGCCUUAUUCAGCUCAUGAAGAACAACCCAGGAUUUAGCUCUGAUCCAGACUGUGCACUGUUUGGGGGGUCUCUCCAUGGCAAUGCAGCUUCAGCCAAACCGGGGAUGUUCCCCAGCCACAGACCCCUGGAGCAUGAGGGCUGCUCGCAGAGCGACCACCAUAGUGGGGUGGAUGCUGCUGGCAGAGAGCCCCAGGCUGACCGUGAGUGCGAACCUGAGCACGCCAUGAGCUUCUCACAAGCUCUGGUGGAGUUCACCAGCAGUGGCACCCUCUUCUCCAGCCUGUCGGAAAGCCUGGGCAGCUCUGACUCUGGCUCGUCCUUCACUCAGAACCUCCCCGUCCUUCCCACCAUGGUCACAUUUGACAUUGUUGAUGUGGAGCAGGAAGGGGAAGGGGAGUGCGAGCAGCACCUCGAGAUGAAUGCUGAUGAAGACAUGGCUGCAUCCUUUGAGGCCUUCGAUGAGAGCUAUGUGCAGAAGGAGUCGUUUGCUGAAUGUGACGAGAGAAUGUUCCUGGGGUACCCCCAGGGCUCCUUCCAGAGCUGUAACUGGGGGGUAGCCAGCCUGCCCCGGCACCUGCGUCUGCAUGAGCUCAGCCCUGCCAUGCCAGCACCGCUCUCCCUUAACAGGAGGAGCAGGUCGCUUGACACGGAGAGCCUGGAGUUUGAACUUGCAGAAUUGCAGAUUUCCAAGAACGGCCUUAAGCCUUGCCAGCUGUGGUCAAAAUGGGACAAAAAGUACUCCGAUGGAGCAAGAAGGAGCAGGAGCAAAGAGGAGGCAGAACUGUCAGCUCCCGAAGGUGGGGAGGCCAAUGGUGUGCUGAGCUGGCCGGGCUUGCAGCACCUCCAGUACAAUGCCGAGCUGGCUCCUGGGGGGAUCAAACACUGGGGUUUUGCUUCAUCUGCUGGGAUGCAGAGCAGCUGGGAGCCAUCUGAUCGGUCAGAUGCAGACUCCCCCUUUUUGCCCCUUUCAAGGAGCAGUGCCAGAGAAACUCUGGAGAGGCAGCCCCAAGAUCUGGAGCCAAACAGGCUCCUGGUCAGGCCAUCCAACUUACCUCUGCAGCCUGACACGAGGCAGCCCCAGGACGCGUCUGGGUCAUAUAGGUAUCACGGAGAAGCCCCGGCCAAAAAGCUCGCACGUGUGCUCCCACUGGGGGAACCGGAGCCACCGCAGUGCAUCAGCUUUGCCCAGUCCCCAGAGAAACCAGCCAAGUGCAAACCUGUCGGCGUCACCCAAGGAAUGCCCCACUUCCAUGACAGCAACGACACCGAAACCUUAAAAAGCUCAGCCUGCUUCACAGAGCGCUAUGGGAGUGCUGGCAAAGAGCUGCUGAAAGCGAGAGCUGCGCCGGGGAGCGCGCUGCCCAGCGGCUGCCUGAGCACUGCAGUGAAUUGCGACCCACCACUCUCGAACACAGUACACGAUGCAAAAUGUGGUAGCAGCCUCAGUGCACAAUCCCAUUGCUGCUAGAAUAAAAUCUGGAAAUGGACCCAUUUCUAGUACGGCAGGUUUGUUCUCUGCAGAUGAAGGGGCACCAUCACCUUUAAAAAAAGAAGCUGAGCAAUUGGCAGCUGUGAAGGAGUGAGGAGCAUUGCUGCGCUGUGACCUCGCUCGCUGUGUCGGUUGGCUGUGAGCGGUCGCUUCUCCCACAUUGGGGUUUCUCACCAUAGGGCUGGGCUGCAGUGCGUGCUGUGGUGGACAUUCCUGGAGUCUCCACUUCAGAGCUGCAGCCAGGAGAGCAUGUCCUAGGGAAGCUUUCAAAAGAAGUUGGAUUUCUUCCUCUUCUCUGUGAAACACUUUUUUUUUUUUUUUUGACAAAUUUUUAACAUCUUCCAUCUUGAUCUUGAGUUGGAGAGCUGCAGAGGAAGGAUGCAGGUUAUUUUGAGAGCAAGGACAGGGGGCCGUUCAGCCGCAAGGGCAACUUUGCUGUCACUUUUUUUUUCCUGCCUGAAAGGAAAGUAGGAAUGUUUGUGUGCGUGCUGAUAACGUUUUCCAGUUCUAGCUUUAACGUGCUCAAGAAUACAGUGUGCAGAGAGAUGUUCUAUUGAUGGAUUCCCUUUCAAGAACAAAGUGUCAGUCCCUUUUCUCUGUCAUGGUCUCUCUUCAUGGUGUGUAAUUCCCAGCUGACACCUUUCCUAUGUCUUGUCCCCAGCCUCUCCCAGGCCAAGGGCACGUGUAUGACUUCUCUUAAAUAAGCUAAACUUGCAUUGGGCCUGUAGCUGUAAAGUUGCUGUUGCUGUGUUGCUUUUUGUUUUAUAUUUUGUGUUUAUUUUCUUUCCACAAACUCAUACGAGGAAAGUAUUCUAUUAAUUUGAAUACAGAAUGUAGCACAGCCUAAAUUAGGCUUCAUAACUUCUUCCUUCUAAUGGGAGGGAACAAAAAUGCCGAAGAUUGCUACAGGCUUUUGAUUUUCUUUUUUUUUUUUUUUAAUUCCUCUUUUGAACAAAUGUGGAGAAGGAACACAAGCAUAGGAGACCAACGUUCUGUCAGAGCUCUUGGAAACACCUGCUGGAGGAUAGCAAAGCAGAGCUGACAUUUUCCUGAAGAGGUUCCCAGUGUCCAUGUUGAUCUGAAGCACGUUAGUCUCUAAACCAAACCUUCCCUCGAGCUGAUCAGCUUCAGAGCAGAGGCGGGUGCCAAGGGACCUUUUGCAGAAUCAUAGCCUCUUGCCAUCGGGCAGAAGGAAAGGACUUAAGAGAUGGAGGAAUGGAAACAGGUCCCUGCACAGGGUAGCUGGCAAACCUCCCUCCCCCCUACCCCAGCCUACCUUGCCUUCCCAGAUGCUGUUGCACAAUAGGUAUGCGGCUCUGGAAUUUAAGAGAAGCAGAUGAGGAUGUUGGUGAACAUCCAUCCAGGAGAUUCUGUACGGUGAGUCAGUCACCCAGAAACUCCAAAACUGCCUUUGCCAGGAACAGAAGAAGGGUGAUUGUCAUAGGGGACUCUGUUCUGAGGCGAACUGAGGGCCCAAUUUGCUGACCAGACUGUUUCCCACAAGAAAGUGUGCUGCCAACCUGGGGCCUGGGUCAUGGACGCCACCAGGAAGCUCCCUGGUCUGGUACAGGUCUCCGGUUAUUACCUGCUUCUGGUAGUGCAGGCUGGCGGUGCUGAAGUUGAGGGGAGAAGCCAAAUAGCGCAGCUCAAGUGCACCCACAUCACUGGUGAUGAACUGUGGGGUGGGACGCCACAAUCGGAGGGGCUGCGUGCUGCUGAGAUCCUUCAUUCUGCUCCACGAGGUGCUGGGUACGAUGAAGCGCAUCUGAAAUGCUUUUCCACCAACACACCCUGCAAGGAACAAGCAAGAAGAGCUUAAAACCCUUGGCUCAGUCCCAGAGCUACUACAUCAUUGGUGUAAGCAAAACCUGGUGGGAAGGGUCCUGUGGCUGGUGUGCUGUGAUGGGCGGUUACAGGCUCUUCAGAAAAGAUAGGCAGGGCACCAAGAAGGCAGUGGGCAUGGCUGAGAGCUGCAGGAGUUCAAUAAGGGUCUGGGCAGUGCUCUUACACACAGGUCUGAUUUUUGGGUGCUCCUCUGUGGAGCCGGGAGUCUGACUUGAUGAUCUGUAGGGGCCCCUUCCAACUUGGGAUAUUCUGAGUCGCUUUCUGUGGUUUAAAAAACUUCUUAUUUCUGACUGAAAUUCAGUUACUGAUGAAUUAGGUGUCCUUUUUCCCAAAUUGCCAAUUUUCUGCUUCUCUUUGCAGCGGAAGUUGUAACAUUAAAUAAAUCACAAACUGAAAAUAGGGCAGUGAUGCCCUUCUCCAGAGCCUGACACGCCAUGGGGGUGGCAGGGCUCUGCUCAGCAUUGCUUUGGAGCUGAGUCCUUCCCCAAGAGCAGCUCACUGCCCGCUGCCCACAGCUGCAGCACAGAUACACAUGUGGCUGUGGUUGGAAACGCGGGCAGCUCCCUGGUACUGCUCUAGUUGUAAGGUACCAAGGCAUGAAGAGCUUUUCUGUUUUGUUUUCCUAAGCAAAAUGGGUCCUGUGAUUUCUUCUUGAGAUGAGGCUUCUUACUGUCCUGUCCUUGUAUGUCCAUGAAGGAGCUGGGAAAGGCAGAGCUGGAAUUCCUUAUGGGCAGCUCCACUUAUGUGUAUGUUGUUGUUUGUUUUCUGAACAGAUUCCUGAGGCUUGAGCAGACCCAUCUGUGUGUCCUUGGGAUUAAACCUUCAUUUUUCAGUGUUUGUGCCACGAGCAUCCCCUAACAAAUGCUCCUAACUCCCUCUUGCUCAGAGUGAGUUCAGCCGAGCUCUGCUGCAACUCAGUGCCAGUUCCAAAGAAAGGAUCCUGUAGUUAUCACUGGCAACACAGAGCUGUCACAACACAAAUAGGUGCUCACUGGAAUCGCUUGGCCUCCGCAGUGGCCUUGUACAGGAAUUUUAACCAUUAUCUUGUUAUAGCGUGUCACCAAAGGCAUCUUGUGGCUCACAGGGCUUUUGCGCGGUGUUUUGUUGUAAAUGGUGCAGCCUUUGCCAAAGUUCUGGUGAAGGAUGAAAGUGUCUCAGUGCUAAAAUGAAUGUUCAGUUGCAAAUGCAUGUCUGUAGUAAUAAUUAUUUUGGUUGUAGGUACGUAGUGGGGAGACUUAUUGGACAACAGUUCGUAGACUCUGAUGUGUGAAAGCAAUACAGCCAAGACUUGAUAAUCUGACUUUAUACCAAAGGUUUCUCCUCUUAAUUUGAUUUGAGCUAAAUGAAUCAAGUAUCUGUUGAUUUAAAAUGAGGCUUCUAAAAGCAUUUUUAAAAUAAUUUAUUGAAUUAUUGGAGUAUUCUGCCCCAUUAACCCAAAGAAAUAAGCAUUUUCAAUUUACUAACCUAGUCUGUAAGUUGUCACUGCCAUAGAUUGGAUUUCAGUACCUAACGUUUUCCUUCUUCUAUAAUACAUUUCUGCUAUGGAAUAAAUAGGCCCUGAUCUUCCCAUUGUGCUUUACUAGUAGGGAGUUACAAAGGGACUACAGGUUGAAUGCCAAAUACAAGCUCCUGGGUCUUGAUCUUGUCCCCCUGUGGCUUUGGGAGAGAUUUCUCACAGCUGCAUAGUCCGAAUUAAGACAUCGCUAGAGGGGGGAAAUAGUCAUUCUUGUGUGGUAUUAACCCAUUUUCAGAAGCAGUGCAUCUUGGAAUGAAAGGAUAAGCUUUAAGGGGGUCCUGUGUCCUUUCUCUGACCUACCAGGCUGUUUGUUGAUGAUUGGGAAUGCUUAGUGGCCAGCCUUUGUUGAAGCCAAACAGAAGAGGAUUUGGUGUCAUAGGGAGUGCUUAGAGCAAGUUAUUGUCCCACUGAGUGGGAUGCCAUGGCUGCUCUGUGGUAUGGGGCAGGGGCCUGGGAGGACACCCUUAUGGGUUGUGAGCUCUUGGAGCUCUUUGACCAAUGCUGACCUCUUAAUGAGCGUGAUUUUCCUAAAAAUGUGAUGGAGGAAUUUCCCACCUGAGUCCUUGGACCACAUGGGAGCUAGAAGCAGUCAGACCGCUCACUGAGGGCUGCAGCUUCUCAUUUCUGGCUCAAGCCAUCGUCUUCUAACCUGGUAAAAUACAGACUUACCCAAGGAACCUGAGCUUGAGAGCAGUAAUUCUUGCUCAAAAGAGGUCUGCGGAGACAGAAAUGAGGCACACAGCCCGGGGUGAGCAGCUCAGUCUGGCUGAGGUGUGGAGGAACACCCCCUAAGCCUCACGGAGCUCAGUGCAUCCAGGGAAAGCCUUGGAGAGGUGGGUCGUGGCUGUUUGCUGCCGACCAACCCCUGACCAGGUCAGCCUACCAAGUAGCUCUGUAUUGCGUUUUGGGGACUUUGUUUGUUUGUUUUUUAUAUACGCAUAAGAAAACGGUCAAUUUUAUCUAUUUUUGUAUAGUUUUGCAUUUUAUAUUCAUGGGGAAAUUUUAUGGACUGUUCUUUUACUUACGUACGUUAUGUGUUUCAAAAUGGUGCGGUUUACAGUUCUGAUGGAGAAACAGCAAUUUAUUGCUGUCACUGCUGCUGCCACUGCCUGUGCAAUGCAAGAGACCCACGUUGCUCCCCACACCCCCGUGCAGAGUGCUGUUUGGCGUCGUCUGAAGGAGCAGCUCUAGAAAUGAGAAGCCAAUCCACUGCCACUGCACGCUCUGUGUGGACACCGCCAGGAUGUCUGUUUUGAUACUGGUCUGUCACUCUUGUCAGCUGUUUCUUAGCUUUGUUUUGAAUCUGAAUUUGUGCACCGUGGUGAUUUUUCCCUGAAAGUGUUGUUGGUUGUCCUUAAACAAACACCCAAACUGUGUGGAUUUCAGUUUGGGAUUUCUCUGUGUGCUUCAAUUAUGUUGUCCCAAACCGGGCUCUCCGCUGUUCUCUUCAGCCAUUGCAGGGCAGGAGGUGCUGUUGACUGCUGUGGGGUGAUGGAGAAAUGAGUGGAACAACAUUGCCUUGAAUUUUGGGGUCACAACCAAAAGGAGAGCUCUGCGUAUGCUCAGACCCAACACUAGUUAAUGUGGAUUUUUUUUUUUAAUGGAAUGAAUAUGCUGCUUUGUUUGCCUGACUCAGUGCCCCUGCAGAGUUUGCAGCCCUGUGUGGGGUACGAGGCUGACAUAACUCUGCAGAAGGUCGUGAUGAUCAGCUGAGCAGAGAACAAUGCCCAGUGCUCAUGUGCAAAAAGAAAAUGAAAAGCUGAAAACCCAUUCGUCCCUUCUUCCCCCCUGAGCCAACACCAGCAGAGGUAGCAGUUCCAGGCUGAGAUGUUUGGCUCUGCUCGGAUUUGUGUGUCCUUUAAUUCAGCAGCUCUUAACAAACAGGGGCACUGUCGGGGUUCUUUAGGAUGGAUCGGGGCGAGAUGGCAGCUCUCCUGGCAUCUGAUCCCGGGGCCCACAGUGCAGGCAGCACAUGGGAACCGAGGGAGCCCAAGGGAAGCGGAGCUGCCCCAGCUCUGUCCCUCUGUCCGCAUUGCAGCCAUGCAGGGAGCCCCGUCCAGCCCAGCUGCGUGCUGCCCUGUGCCAGGUGCCAGGCUCAGGACUGUUCUGUUUUGUUUUGGUCUCAUUGCUACUCAUCCUCUUGACUUUUUAAUGUACUGACUGUGUUUUAAACUGAAUGUUCCUUUCACUGAAUUCUAACAAAUAAACUUCAGAUUUUUAGAGAA